GCCGGGGCGAACCCCCAGACAGUCCUGUGAGGAAUGCUGAAGGGAGUCCUUUGGGCUGGACCAGAAGGGUACUAGAGAGCAACUCAAAUCCAUGUGAGAAAUAAAGAGCACCUUUCAAGAUGUGACCUCUACCCUGGGCUAUGCUCCCAGCCAUGGCUGACACCAUCUUCAGCAGCGGGAAUGAUCAGUGGGUUUGCCCCAAUGAUCGGCAACUUGCCCUGCGAGCCAAGCUGCAGACAGGUUGGUCUGUGCACACGUACCAGACAGAGAAGCAGAGGAGGAGCCAGUGCCUAAGCCCUGCGGAGCUAGAGGUCAUCCUGCAGGUCAUCCAAAGGGCAGAGCGGCUGGAUGUCCUGGAGCAGCAGAGAAUCGGGCGGCUGGUGGAGCGGCUAGAGACGAUGAGGCAGAAUGUGAUGGGCAACGGCCUCUCCCAGUGUCUGCUCUGCGGGGAGGUGCUGGGUUUCCUGGGCAGCUCGUCCGUAUUCUGCAAAGACUGCAGGAAGAAAGUCUGCACGAAAUGUGGGAUUGAGGCCUCCCCUGGACAGAAGCAGCCCCUGUGGCUAUGUAAGAUCUGCAGUGAGCAAAGAGAGGUCUGGAAGAGAUCAGGGGCCUGGUUCUACAAAGGGCUCCCCAAGUACAUUUUGCCCCUGAAGACCCCGGGCCGAGCUGAUGACCCCCACUUCCGACCGCUGCCUGUGGAACCUGCAGAGCCCCAGCCCCAGAGUGCUGAGGCCAGCCGCAUCUACACAUGGGCCCGAGGGAGAGUGGUUUCCAGCGACAGUGACAGUGACUCGGAUCUCAGCUCCUCCAGCCUGGAGGACAGACUCCCGCCCACUGGAGUCAAGGAUACAAAAGGAGACAAGCCCAGGGGAGACUCAGGUGGCAGCAUGGGGUUGCCCAGGAUAGGGCCUGCCCACCCACCCAGCCACCUCUCAGGAAGCCAGAGCAGCCUGGCCAGUGAGACUGGUGUGGGCUGUAUAGACCCACAGGCAAGCACUCCUCCUCGGCCUGAGCCCAGGGUCCCUGGCAAAAGACACACACGGGCAACUCCCCGCUGCUGAUGUGGCCUCCCAGCAACCCUCGGUAACCCUGCUCUGAAGUGUGUUUGGUGCAUGGAGCAGACAGUCUAGAAGAUUCUGAGAGAGAAAACGGAGCCAGGCUUCUGGCUCUUUCCUGAAGAUCCUUAAGGCCUCACUAGCACCCUAUGCCCUUGAACUCCAACUCAACAAACCAGUGUUUGGGGGUAGAAUCUACUUGCCCCCACCCAGUGCCUUGUUGCGCCCUCCUGAACAGAACCUCCUUAUCCACCUUACUCAGCCCUGGCCUUUAUUUAUUGUCCCCCAGCUUCACCCCAGUUGCUCCCGUGUUUCAGUUUGUUUGGGUGUUGGGCUGGAAGAGCCUUCUUAUAUGCACUGCAGUUUCAGUGGGGCAGCCACACAGGGCUUUCUCCAUCUUUGUGCUAACAGUUGAAAAGAAGUCUAACCCCAAGUGUGACCCCGCAGAAGAUGGAACAGAACCAUAGAGUGUGGAGCAGGUGGAAGGAGAUAGCUGCCCUUUCCCUCUUCCUUCAGCUGAGGGAGGCAGAAGUUGUAGCCCUCCUUCCCCAAGCUAGCCCCAGGGCUACAUUUAACUUAGCUCCUGAUUUUUGCUCAGGCCUGCACACAGCUCCCAGAAUAUUGUAAAAUGCUUCUUUUCUCUAGUAAGUUCCUGUUGGCAUCCAAAGUACAAAUGCUUCUAGAAAACCCUUCCCUAGAAAGAGUGUGUGUGUUCUCUCUCUCUCUCUCUCUCUCUCUCUCUCUCUCUCUCGGUGUGUGUUCUCUCUCUCUCUCGCUCUCUCUCUCUCUCUCUCUCUCUCUCUCUCUCUCUCUCUCUCUCUCUCAGUGUUCACACCCUGCCCAUCCCCAGUCCUUGAAGGGCUUUCUCUCCAAGGCUGCCAUCAUUAGCCUUUUUGCCCUUGCUGCUAGCAGAAAGUAAAGAAACUCACUGUUUCCCUGUGGCGUGUAAUGCUUCCGAAUAAACACAGAAAUUUGCAUUGAGCCA